AUGAAAAUCAACUCCGAAAAGAAGCCUGCUAUAAAGAAGAAAAAGAAGAUCGCCAGCAAAAAGAAGAAAAUCGACGAGAAAUUUGCCGAAGAUCGUCACCUCACCAAGAAACUUGCCGAAAAGUUCGCGAAACAGAAGAAGAAAGAAGAUGAUGGAGCCGUGCUCAAAUUCAAGGUGAAAGACGAUAAACAGAAGGUUUCCGUCGAAAACUCUGCUUCGCAUAAUAAGAUCAUCUUGCAGGCGGAGGAGAGGCAUGUGAGCAAACAGUAUCAGCUUGAACUUCGAAACGAUGCUCUCUGCUCUCAAUUCAAGUCAAAGAUUUCAAAGAAAGAUGAGUUCCUAAUAGACGUUUGGCUACAUGGUGAUUGUGUCUUGCAUCUACCAAAGGUUUUUUUACAUGGAGGAGAGCUUACACAUUUAGAAGAGGUUAUCAAUCAAUCAUGGAAAAAUAAAUGCGUGGUAUGCCAUGAAAAAAUGAACGCUAAUGUGCCAUUUCGUUCGUUUCAAGAGAAAUUCCAACUUUGCAUCGAAGAGCGCACGACACCGACGCUUGCUUCGCAGAUUCGUGUAGAAGACAUGUGCCAAGACGAGGCUCAAAAGUUAGGCCCAAAAGAAGACGAAAAAGAGUGGAAAAUGCCAUUCUUCGAUCGGGAUCAUCAUUUAGCUUACACAUUUGCUGAUCUGUCCAAAUGUCCAACGUAUUUGGACGCGUCGAGACCUUGGUUGUGCUAUUGGAGCGUGCACUCGCUGAAUUUACUGAACCAGACGUUCUCCCAUGAUAUGAAGAGCAAGAUUGUCACUUUUUUGAAGACAUGUGAAUCACCUGAAGGCGGAUAUGGAGGUGGUCCUGGUCAAAUUCCACAUUUGGCUCCUACAUAUGCUGCCGUACUUGCGUUGGCAACUCUGCGUUGUGAAGAAGCAUUGGCUUCGAUCAAUCGAGAAACUCUGGCCAACUUUUUGCGCUCUGUGCACCAAACCGACGGAAGCUACAUUAUGCAUACAGGAGGAGAAGUUGAUAUGCGAGGAGUCUAUUGCGCUUUGGCUGUCGCAAAGUUGACGAAAAUUCUCGAUCAGUCAAUGAUUGAAAAUACACCUGAAUGGAUUAUCAGCUGUCAAACUUAUGAAGGUGGCUUCGGUGGUGAACCCGGAACCGAAGCUCAUGGCGGCUACACAUUUUGUGCAAUGGGAGCUCUGACUAUUCUUGGAAAAGCAAAAUUAGCCGAAAAGGAUAGUUUGCUGAAGUGGCUUUCAAAUCGUCAGAUGCGCUUUGAGGGCGGCUUUUGUGGUAGAAGCAACAAGUUGGUGGAUGCCUGUUACAGCUUUUGGCAAGGUGCUGUUUUUCGACUCAUCGAUAUGGAAUUGGAAAAGGAGGAACAGCCCACACUUGGCCUUGCAUUUGAUACGCGUGCUUUGGAAGAAUAUUUGUUGAUUUGCUGCCAGGAUCCACGUGGAGGAUUUCGUGAUAAGCCCGAUCGACCAAGAGAUCUCUACCAUACUUGUUAUGGAUUGAGUGGCUUGGCCGUUGCCCAAAGCUAUGAUGAAUCAAAGCAAUUAAUUCUUGGCGGAGAAGCAGCUUGUUUGCCUCCAAUUGACCCAGUUCUGAACAUCACCGCUGAGAGUGAGACUUUUGCCAGCAGCUAUUUCGAGCGUCUUUUGUCAUGU